UGCGCACAGCAAAGGAUUAUUUUCCAAUUAAACGGUUGUGAAUAGCGCAAAGGAAUGCGAUUCAUUAAAUAACCCAGUAGAAAUGCGUCCGAAAAAAAAAACAAGCAAAUAACAGUAAUUUUCACGGGCACACACAAAACAGGCGCAACGUACAUCUACGCGUGAGAUGUCACAUGCUAUUUGUGUUGCGACUGUAACGGAUUUUCCCACUUUGGCAAUUCUUAUUGGCAAACCAACAACUGCUGCAAUAAUGUAAGAAACGGGGUACUAACAAAGGUCAAUCGAAGCCAGCAAACGCAGCCUAGAACUAGUUAGGUUUCCACACACAGACAUACUAACACACAUCUACACACACAGUUACAGCAAGCAUGGGCUGGCUGCUGGCGCUCCUGGCGUUGCUCUUGGCCAUCAGCGAGCUGCUAGCAAUCCCAACACCACUCAAGCUACCAGGCUACACACACAAACUGACGCCAUACAUUAAGCACUGGGAGGCGGCGAACUUUGAUCGCGCCGUGCUGCAGGCCGCGCAGCUACGCCACUUGGAACAGGCACGCGCACGUCGAAAACGGCAAGUUGAGCCCUCAAGUGGCUCACCUGUGGGACUAGCGCACACAAUACGCCUGAAUUUCUCUGCACAUGACAGAGACUUUCUGCUGGUGCUGCGUCAGCAGCCAAAUUCGGUGUUUGCGCAUGACGUGGAAAUCGAGAAUACACUGGGACCCAUCGAUUACGAUGUCUCACGCAUUUACACAGGCAGCCUGGAGGACGAUGAGGCUGCCCAUGUGCAGGCGAUACUCACAAGUGAUAAUCUGCUGGAUGGCACCAUUGAGACGCAAGCGGAGCACUAUUAUAUAGAGCCAGCGCAGCGUUAUUCACAGCAGCUCGCGGAGAGUGGCGUGCACAGCAUAGUCUAUAAGUUAAGCGAUGUAAAUAUGCAGCACCAAAACUCAUUUGCCACCGGCCUGUCCUCGCAGGCGCCCCUAAAGACACAUUGCGCUAGUGAACGACUGAGACGCAAGCGCUGGCUGCCUGAGGAGGAGCACGUCACAGUUCCAACUUAUAACCGCAAUCCGCCGCUGCCGCUGGAUCUGGAGGUGCCCUACAAUGAUGACUUUCGUGUACUAGCCUCUGAGGAGGAUCGCAGCGAGGAGGAAACUAGAAAAACCAUAACAACAACAACCAUGCGCAGUACAGAAAGUUUUCUGGCCACGCUGACCAAACCCACUCCCAAUCGAAACAUACUUGUAAAUAACUAUAAUCCCUCCAAUGUUGGCGACACCAGUCGAAGCUACAACAGCAAUACCAACAGCAAUAACAAUAACAACGUGCGCAAACUGUACACAAAACAUAAAAACAUCAUCGUUAGCACCUAUAAUCGGCCCAUAGAGCCGGAGUUCGGUACACCCUAUGAGGAGCCGAAUGCCAAUAAUAGCAACAAUCUGCCAAAUAACUUUUUCAAUGCCAAUUGGACAACGCUCUCAAUGAAUAACAACGAUCGACCGAGCCACAAGACCCACGUGGAGAUCAUUACCAAGAACGGCGCGACCAAGAAACCUAACAUCAUUGUGAAUAACUACAAUCCGGAGAUAAUUUUUGCACCCAAUCCACAUAACCCCAGUUUCAAUAGCAUGUUAAUGACGAAUCUUUUAAGUGGACGAGGCGAUGACAUCCACAACUCCCCACGCCUGCUGUACGAUCGCAAGACCACAUGCAUGCUUUAUUUGCAGGCAGAUCACACGUUCUUCCAAAAGAUGGGCAGCGAUGAGGCAUCUAUUGAGGCCAUCACGCGCCACGUGCAACGGGCUAAUUCCAUUUACCGUAAUACGGAUUUCAAUAACGAUGGAAAACCCGACAAUAUUACGUUUAUGAUCAAGCGCAUUAAGGUGCACAAUAUGAAUGCUAUGAAGGAUCCUAGCUAUAGGUUUCCUGGCAACUAUGGUGUGGAAAAAUUCUUGGAAUUAUUUUCAGAGGAGGAUUAUGAUGCCUUCUGUCUGGCCUACAUGUUCACCUAUCGCGACUUUGAGAUGGGCACACUAGGUCUGGCUUGGACAGGUGAUCUAAAGAAUGCGGGUGGCGUUUGCGAAAAGAACGGACACUAUCGUGGCUCCCUCAAGUCCUUAAACACAGGCAUUGUCACGCUUCUGAAUUAUGGCAAACAUGUGCCGCCCGCCGUUUCACAUGUAACUCUGGCCCACGAGAUUGGACACAAUUUUGGCUCGCCGCACGAUCCGGAGCAGUGCACGCCAGGCGGCGAGGAUGGUAAUUUUAUAAUGUUCGCCCGCGCCACUUCGGGCGAUAAGAAGAAUAACAAUAAAUUCAGCGCUUGCUCCCUGAAGUCGAUUGAGCCCGUGCUGAAUGCCAAGGCGCGUUCCAUGAAGGGCUGCUUCACAGAACCACAGUCAUCCAUUUGCGGCAACGGCGUCGUUGAGCCCGGCGAGCAAUGCGACUGUGGCUGGGAGGAGGAUUGCAAGGACUCGUGCUGUUUUCCCAUGUCCCGGCAACCGCAUCUAGAUGAAACGCCCUGUACACUGACGCCGCAUGCGCGUUGUAGUCCAUCUCAAGGACCCUGCUGCACCACCGAUUGCAAGGUGAAAUUUGGCGAUAAGUGUCGCGAUGAUAAUGGCUGCCGGGAUCCCUCUUUCUGCGAUGGUCGCGUGCCCCAGUGCCCCCCUUCGGUGAACAAACCCAACAAGACCAUUUGCAAUAAGGAGUUUGUGUGCUAUAUGGGCGACUGCACGGGAAGCAUUUGUUUGGCCUACGGGCUGGAGUCGUGCCAAUGCAUACCUGGUCCGCAGGAUGAUCGCAUCAAGUCCUGCGAGCUUUGCUGCAAACUGCCUGGAGAGGAUAAUCCUUGCCGCAGUUCAUUUGAGUGGAACGAGGCGCCGUUCGAUGUGCCCGACAUGUACUCCAAGCCGGGCACACCCUGCAAUGACUACAAUGGCUACUGCGAUGUCUUUCAAAAAUGUCGCGAGGUGGAUCCGUCUGGUCCAUUGGCCACAUUACGCAAGUUGUUGCUAUCUGAGGAGAGCAUUGCCACCUUCAAGAAAUGGGUGCAGCAUCAUUGGUACACGGUGGCUCUGGCCGCCGUUGGCGUAUUUUUGUUGCUGAUCCUGAGCACAAAGCUACUGGCGAAACGCUCGAAUCUGAAGCUUAAGUCUGUGACCAUCAUACACAGUGCCACCACUGAAACGGUGCGUCUGCCGGAGAACAACAAUGGCGUUAUUGUGCACACGGCUGUGCGGACCAAGGUGCCGUUCAAGAAAAAGGUCCGGGGCGAGCGCAGUAAAAAGUCUGGAGCCGGCUUGGCUAUAGGAGCGGCAACAGCAGCAGGAAUACGCAGCAGUGUCGUAACCAAAGGCGGCGGCAAUGUGGAGCCAAAGAAAGCAAGCCGAAUGCAAGCGUUGACUAAAAAGAAGCUGAAAGCAAAUGCUACUGAGGAGGAGCCGACCAAGAAGUCCAAAAAGAUGGGCAAGCACAUGAAGGAAAUCAUUGACUAUUCGCACCGCAACAACAAUGUAGGCGCCGGCGAUGAUGCCUCAAAUCUAUCAACAAGCAACAAUCACAGUAAUACCUUUGGUAAGGUGCAAAAGUGGCUGUUGGAAUCACCUAUUGUGGCACAGCCGCUGUCGCACAUGGAGCAUAGCUCACGUGUUCGCAAGGUGAUGAGCAAGUCGCAAUCAACACCCGAACGACUGGUGCAGAAAACGCCUCAAAAAACUAAGUCCAUGGGCAAUCUAUCAAAUGAGAAAGUCAAGCUUCAGGUCGUCUACAAGCCACCCUUCAAGUUCUCGCUGCGACUGUCCAAGAAGCCCAAGGUGAAGACGCACGUGGUGGGCGUAAGCGCUGGCGCGCGUCCAAAGCGUGCACAGAAGGCCAACAACAACAACAACAAUCGCUCCAAUGGACAGGCGGCCACGACAUCCAAGGGCCCGUAUACAGAGCGGACCAAACGCACCGCCUUGCUGCUGUGCAACGAAGCGGAGGACGAUAAUCAAAUACUGACGCUCAACGAGCCAAACUAUGAGACUCUAAAGCUGCCCACGCGCAGCUCUGAGCACUGCUAUGAGAAUGUAGAGCUGCCAGGCGGCAGUGCAAGCGCUGAAGCCGGAGUCACAUCCACAACCAAACCAGGUAGCAACAGCAGCAGUAGCGGCAAUAGCAAAUUAGCACCCAACUCCAAUCGCGGCAGCUUGGAGCCUGCACCUGUCGCUCCAACGCAGCGCAGCUCUUAUCGCCGCUCCAACUCGCUGUCCGCACAUAAUCCGUUUGCGGUGGCGCCGCGUCGUAGUAGCAGCAGCAGCAAAGCGGGCAAGCAUGAGGCGCAGCCCGCCGGCGGCUCUAUAAAUCUAACGCGUAACUUUGGCAGCACUCAAAAUCUGAUCAAUCUCAGUCAGAAUAUGGCCAAGUCCAAGAAACGCAGCAGUCUUAAUCUGAAAGCAAGUGCAGCCAAAAACGGCAAAGAUCCGCCUACAGCAACAGCUACAGUAGUAACAGCGGCAGCACCAUCCCAACGUCGCUCCUCUUCCAAUGCGAAUCUGCGCAGAAAUAGCAGCACCUCCAAUGCGACGUCGCAGAUAGCGCCGGUGCCGCCAACACGGAACACGCGUAACAGCUUCAGCAAUAUUCCACGAGCCAGCCUUAAUGGCCAGAGUAGCGCCUCCGCAGCUGCAGGGGCGACGGCGACGUCAACGACGGCGCCCAGCUUCUCGCGACAGUCCUCUACCAGCACAACGACAACGACGUCCAGUGGUGGAUCACCGCCACUGCCGCUGCCCCUGCAGCAGUCUGCCUCCACAAGCGCCAUGGUCAGCCAGCGGCAAGUGACGCAGCCGGUGCGACGCAGUCUUCACAAUUUCCGAGCACGCGCCUCCAAUGGGACAGCUGUAACAGCUGCACCAACAACAGCAACGCUGGACAACGAGCUGCCAUCGGAUCUAGAGGUGGUUGUCUCCGACAUUGAGAAUCUGGUUAGCUAAGAGCAGCACUGUUCGUAUACAUUUCAAAGCAACCAAGUGAAAGUGAUAAGUCCUAAAGUUAGUUAUACAAAUUGUCGCAUAGGUUUACAUGCAUAUAUAUAUAUCAACUUAGAUUUGUAUAUAUAUAUAUAUAUAUACAUACAUACAUAUAUGUACUUUACACUGCCUUAAACUUGCCGUUUCUGCUGAAUAUGUGAAUGCCACGCCCGCACACAACGAAACACCCCACACCCGAAACGACCACAAAAACCACAUUAUUGAAAAGAAAGUAUAAUUAUCUUCGGAUUGCCGAAGCUCAAACACCCUUGCAGGCAUAUGAGAGAGUGCAAUACUUAUAUAUUUCUAAGCAUAGCCACACGGCAGUUAGGGUCGUCUUAAAAUCUGUCUCAUUGGAUACCUAUAGGUUUUCUUAAUAUGAGCAUAGUAAAGGUUGUAAUUGCCAAGAUUGGUAUGUAUAUACUACAAUAAAACAAUACGACCGAUGCUUACUAUAGACCUAUAUAGUAGUCCUAUAUAGUUCAAGCUUAGAUAGCUCCUAUGACGCCUCUAUUAUACAGUUGUCCGAUUUGGCACGUGGCAAAAAGAUGUAUCCAAAUUUUCCCAAGAUAGCUUUUAAAUUAAGAGAAAAGUUUGUAUAGAAACAGACAGGAAGGCUUAAUGAAGCUCUUUGCUGAUACUGAUCAGGAAUAUAUACAUAUUUAAUACAGUCUUCUAUAGAUUACACAUUUCGUGACAAAAUAUUAUGGUCCCUUCUGCAAGGGUGUUUUUCAAAUCGCUAACAACGCUAGUGCUUACGGCUCCACUCCCACAUACAUAUUCACUCACCCACAACUCGACCCCAUAAAAUGCUCACCCACCCAACACACCCAACACCACCGCCACCGCCGAAGCCCGAUGCACUCACCGCACAUUGUACCUUUUACAUACUAAUUAACUGUAUUUACUGUUGUAUUGUAUUCGUGAUCUAUAAACUAUAACUUGUAACUGUACUGUUUUGUCUAUACCUAUGUGAAUUGUGUUAAGUUGUCGAACUACGAUCGUGUUAUAUGUGACUUCCAUUUUAAAAACUGUCUUAAGUUUGAAGAAUACAAGAUCAGCUUAAGCAAAAACUAUUUUUGUAAUGAAAGAAAAGUAAAUACAAUAGACCGAUCAAUAGCUAGUCUAUCUAUCACAUCUAUCACAUGCCAACGAAAUUCGAUCGCUGUUAUUGUAUAGAUUCCUACAUAGUAUUAUGUUAUAUGUACAACUGAUAUCUUAUUUUUAUCAUAUUCUUAACGCUUCAAAACAACGACCACUGUCAUCUAUAAACUUCGACACACAGAACAACAAUACAAGGUGCUAUUUUAGUAAGGAUUGUAAACAAAAAAAAAAAAAAACACACAAAAAGUGAAAAACUAACCUACAAAAUUUUUAAAAUACUCUUAUAAAUAUUUUCCAAGAAGAUCAAAAAUGAUUAUAAGAUUUGUAGUUGAGAUAACAGUGUAGCCAAGUGGGGUUAGCCAGGGGAAGUUGCAAAUAAUAUACACACAUACAAUUAUAUUAGUAACAAAUAUAACCAACGAUAACUGUCAAUAAAUCAAAAGUAAAAUGCAUCGAAACGUAACAUAGGAUAAAAUAGUCGCAACAGAAUCAAACAAAGAUCUUUAAGCAGUUUAGAAAACCCGCUCCACACUCCCGCAGUCACACCCAAACACACACACACACACACACAAACGCCUGCGCCAUUCUUAGUAGAGUAGUGUAUAUAAGAAAUCAAGUCGAAAGAUAAAUAGUUUUUAUAUGCAACAAUAACAAAUUAGAGAGCAAUGAAGAACAAACACCUAAACGAUAUUCAUACUAUAGUCACGUAGCGUAUCAGAUCACAAAAUAAAGCAAACGGCUUGCAAAAAUUAAAGAAAAUCCCCAUUCCGCUAAUAACUAGAGAUCUUUAGUAUAAGCUAAUUGGAUUAAUCCCUAGUUAUAUAGUAGCAUAUAUGUAUGUAAGCAAUGUGUUGGAAAAUUGGCAUAUUUUGAAUUGUGCAUAGUUCUUAUUUGUGAAUUUGCAUUUGUAUGGCUGGGUACAAUACUUAAAGACGGGGCGGGCCGUGCAAUGAGCACUUGGGUAUAUUUUUAUUAAAUAUACAACGCAUAUAUAGAUAGACAUAAGCACAGCUCAAAUGAUCGACCCAAAAAAAGAGAGUUAACGUAAACGCGUAGGCAUGUUAUUAAGCAGAAAAGUAAAACGAAAAACAAGAACAAAAAAAGUACGCGACAAUCGCUUUGAAAUGCUUAUUAAACACAA